AUGACUGGUACAACGGUCGCUGGAGCAACGCAGAUCAAUGGUUCAAAUGCCAGUCUUCUGUUCUAUCCUAACGAUGUCGCUAUUGAUAACAACAAUAAUAUUUUUGUGGCGGAUACGAAUAAUAAUCGUAUCCAGCUUUGGAUAUCUGGCAGCUUGUCAGGCGUUACUGUUGCUGGAGACGAAACAGCUGGAAGUAAUUCAACUGAAUUAUGCUAUCCCCAUUCCAUAUUUGUUAAUACUUAUAACAACAGCAAUGACCUAUACGUUGCCGAUCAUUGUAAUAAUCGAAUCCAGAAAUAUCCAAAUGGAGCAAAUACGGGAACCACAGUAGCUGGAGGAAAUGGUCCAGGAGUCGACUAUAGGCAGAUUAAUGGAUCCUAUGGCGUUUAUGUUACAAACGAUAACACUAUUUACAUUUCGGAUACCGGAAACGAUCGUGUGAUGAAAUGGCUAUUUGGAUCCUCAGUUGGACUCCUUGUGGCGGGCGCCCAAGGUACGGGAAGUGCUUCAAACCAAUUCGAUUCUCCGCGUGGUCUUUUUGUCAUCAGUAACGGCGAUGUCUAUGUGGCUGACAACAACAACCAUCGAAUUCAGAGAUGGACUUACGGUGCUUCAAAUGGAACGACUGUAGCGGGCGGAAAUGGAGCGGGCAAUAGCCUCUCUCAGCUCACUUACCCCCGAGCUGUGAUUGUCGAUGAAGCCGGAGGAGAUUUAUACAUAUCGGAUACCAAUAAUCAUCGUAUUAUGAAAUGGAAAAUUGGAGCGACUAGUGGUAUUGUCAUAGCUGGAAGCAGUACGGGAACAGCCGGAUCGACAGCAACAACGUUGUAUUAUCCUAACGGAAUUAGUCUUGACUCCAAUCAAAAUUUAUACGUAGCCGAUUCAGUAAAUCAUCGUAUUCAAGAGUUUCAAGCGUAUACUAGUAAAGUUGUAACCGGUCUGGAAAUACUAGGCCGGUCCGGUCAGUCACCGACCGGUCUAAAAAUAUUUUCAGACCAGUAA